AUGAGUGAUGUACAUGAUCUUGCUGCUGAAUUUAUUGCUGGUUAUGAUUGCAAUGCUUCCUCCAAGGCAAUUGCACAUACGCAAAAAAUUGAGAAUCAAUUUAGAGCUGCUGAUCGGUUUGUUGAAAACUAUAUCGAACCUAAUUUAACAGAUCCUAUCUCGGAUGAUGAAUCGAAUGCCUCUUCGGAAGAUGAUGAAGACAAUAGUGAUGCAUGA